AUGGAGCAGCAGCUGGAUGAGCUCCAGCUCUCGGACGAGCAGCGAAACGUAAUCGACGCNUGUGAGAACAGUGACACGGAAAUCAUGGAGCAGCAGCUGGAUGAGCUCCAGCUCUCGGACGAGCAGCGAAACGUAAUCGACGCCCUCAUCAAGGAGCAGGUCAAGGAGAAAGUAGAAGAAGCAGCAGCUGCCGAGCGCCCCGCAGCACAGAGCGAGGGCAUGCCUUCCGAAGGCGGCAACACCCGGCUGGAGAGGCCGGCUGGCUCGGAGUCAAGCCCGCGACCCAAAGACCAGCCCCGAUCGCCGGCGGACAUCAGCCUCAUCGACACCCUCACGCGGGCCUUGCAGAGGGUCAAGGUUGAACCGGAGGAUGAGAACAGGCAAGUCCAAGCCCCUAAAGAAACAAUACGUAUUAGCGCAGGUAUCACUGUCCCUGCAUUCACCGGGAAGUUUAGCCUCGAGGACGAUGUACAGACGGCGGUGAUGGUUUUUACCAGUCAUUUCCGAUCUUUGUUGGAGCAGGAGCGUUGCCUUGGGGCAAUAGAGUCAACGAACACAAUUCAGGGGCAAAUGGUACUCGUUGAAGCAGCAAGUAGGGGAGGAGCCCCGGCGCUAUCUCAUAAGAGCAUCCAGAAACUAGAAACGUACGGUCGGGUGCAAUCCGAUCAUGAUGCUAACGUCCACUAUGUACGCAACCUUCUGCCCGAUUUCCAUGUGCAGAGGAGCGUGCUGUUGGCGCAUUCGGAAGUCAAGACGGAACUGGUAGAGAAGGUGAUUCUGACUGUCUGGGCGGAGACGGAGGCCGCUAGGAAGAGGGCGUCGGAGAGCGUGGGGGGGUAUGCCCUCGUCACUGGCGGUGACAACCGUGGUGGCGGGGGCGGGAACAUGGGGGAUAGGGGGCAGUCGAGAGGACAACGGAAGACGGCAGCGCGGCAACAGCAGCAACAACCGCAGCAGCCACAGCAGCAGCAUCAGCCGUACUCCAAGCAGCAGCAACAGCGGGGUUG